ACACAAAACACGGUCCAAAUCCGCAAGAGACACGAUCCCGGCCCGCAAGCACGUGGACAAAAUCCGGAAAUUUCAAGCCACGUCCGCCACUCACGGGCUCGAACCCGGCCCGGCCUAUCAUUUCUCCAAGCUCGCGAGCCGAGCCCGUGAACAGGCCCGUCCUGUCCCAUGCCCAGGUCUAGCUCUCCUUCCCCUGACUCGCUGCACCGCCAACGGUUUACUCGACGCAACUCAGCCUACAACUUCUGCGACAGAAUUAGCAGAGAAGCGAAAAAUGGCGGAGUUAUUGAGCUUAGGUAUCCUUAUUGAUAUUGUUGAUGAAGAUUGGAUGAGAGAUACUCUUCCACAUGAUGAAAUUGUCUUACCACCAAUGGCAGUUGCUCGAACUGAAGAUGCUGAUGACCCCAACGAAGAAACUCCAGUAGCCGAUGGAGAUACUUGGCACGAUCUUGCAUUGGGUAGGCAGUAAUUGCGAAUUCUGGCAUUGGAAACAAAACAAGUAUUUGCAGAACUUCAUGUAGCAGAAGAUUGACAAUUUAGGAGUUCUGCUCUUAUUGUUUUAAGAUGCUCAAUGAAUGAAUCAACAAUUAUGUUCAUCAGGUGGUUGGUUGUUUUCUUCAUCUACAUAUUUGGCAUUAUUAGUUGUUUCAA